AUGGAGGCGCCGGCGGGCGAACCCCCGGCGGGGGGCUGCCGCCCUCCGCCCGCACCCACCCCGGAGAGGAAGAAGAGCCACCGCGCGCCGUCGCCAGCCCGGCCCAAGGACGUGGCCGGCUGGUCGCUGGCCAAGGGCCGUCGCGGCCCAGGCCCGGGCGCCGCGGCCGCCUGUAGCGUCGCGUCCUCGGCGCGGCCGGACAAGAAGGGGCGCGCGGUGGCGCCCGGGACGCGAGGCGCCGGGGCGCGGGUGGCCGGGGUGCGCACGGGCGUCCGCGCCAAGGGGCGCCCUCGCCCGGGCGCGGGGCCGCGUCCGCCGCCGCCGCCGCCCAGCCUCACCGACAGCAGCUCCGAGGUGUCGGACUGCGCGUCGGAGGAGGCGCGCCUGCUGGGCCUGGAGCUGGCGCUGAGCAGCGACGCCGAGUCGGCGGCUGGGGCCCCGGCGGGGACUCGCGCCGGGCAGCCGCCCCAGCCCGCGCCGUCGGCGCAGCAGCCUCCGCGGCCGCCCGCCUCCCCGGAUGAGCCGUCGGUGGCCGCGUCGUCGUUGGGCAGCAGCCGCCUGCCGCUCAGUGCCUCGCUCGCCUUCUCCGACCUCACCGAGGAGAUGCUGGACUGCGGGCCCGGCGGCUUCGUGCGCGAGCUGGAAGAGCUGCGCUCCGAGAACGACUAUCUCAAGGAUGAGAUUGAGGAGCUGCGGGCGGAGAUGCUGGAGAUGCGGGACGUCUACAUGGAGGAGGAUGUGUACCAGCUGCAGGAGCUGCGGCAGCAGUUGGACCAGGCCAGCAAGACCUGCCGCAUCCUGCAGUACCGGCUUCGCAAAGCUGAGCGCCGCAGCCUCCGUGCUGCCCAGACUGGCCAGGUGGAUGGUGAACUCAUCCGAGGGCUGGAGCAGGAUGUCAAGGUCUCUAAGGACAUCUCCAUGCGUCUGCACAAGGAGCUUGAGGUGGUGGAGAAGAAGCGGGCACGGCUGGAAGAGGAGAAUGAGGAUCUGCGGCAGCGACUCAUUGAAACGGAGUUGGCCAAGCAGGUGCUGCAGACGGAGCUGGAGCGGCCCAGAGAGCAUUCCUUGAAGAAAAGAGGAACCCGUUCUCUGGGAAAGACAGACAAGAAGCCUUCAGCACAGGAGGACAGUGCGGAUCUGAAGUGCCAGCUGCAUUUCGCCAAGGAAGAGUCGGCCCUCAUGUGCAAGAAGCUCACCAAGCUGGCCAAGGAAAACGACAGCAUGAAGGAAGACCUGCUCAAGUACCGCUCGCUCUACGGGGACCUGGACGCCGCCCUGUCGGCCGAGGAGCUAGCGGACGCCCCGCACUCGCGGGAGACGGAACUGAAGGUGCAUCUGAAGCUGGUGGAAGAGGAAGCCAACCUGCUGAGCCGCCGCAUCGUGGAGCUGGAGGUGGAGAACCGGGGCCUGCGCGCUGAGAUGGACGACCUGCGGGACCACGGCGUGGGCUGCCCGGGCGGCUGCCCUGGGGGGCCCGAGGCGCGGUUGGCCCUGGCAGCGGCGCUGGGCGCAGGCGAGUGCAGCGAGAGCCUGGCGGAGCUGCGGCGGCACCUGCAGUUCGUGGAGGAGGAGGCCGAGCUGCUGCGGCGCUCGUCGGCCGAGCUGGAGGACCAGAACAAGCUGCUGCUGAGCGAACUGGCCAAGUACCGCGCCGAGCACGAGGCCGACGCGCCCGCGCCGUCGUCGGAGGACGGCAGCGGCCCGGCGCUCGGCGAGCCCUCGCGGGAGGAGCUGGCGGCCGCCAAGCUGCAGAUCGGGGAGCUGAGCGGCAAGGUCAAGAAGCUGCAGUACGAGAACCGCGUGCUGCUCUCCAACCUGCAGCGCUGCGACCUGGCCUCCAGCCAGAGCGCGCGCCCCGCGCUGGAGACGGACGCGGAGGCCGGGGACUCGGCGCAGUGCGUGCCCGCCCCGCCGGGCGAGGCGCCCUCCGCCGCCAGCGCCGCCAGCGCCGGCACCGCCGCCGCCCGGCUCGGCAGAGCUCGCGAGGCCGAGGCCCUGCCCGGGCUGCGGGAGCAGGCCCUCCUGGUCAGCAAGGCCAUCGACGUCCUGGUGGCCGACGCCAAUGGCUUCUCGGCGGGCCUGCGGCUGUGCCUGGACAACGAGCGCACCGACUUCCGGCUGCACGAGGCCCCCGACAACAGCGAGGGCCCCCGGGACGCCAAGCUGGUCCACGCCAUCCUGGUGCGGCUGAGCGUGUUGCAGCAGGAGCUCAACGCCUUCGCCAGGAAGGCCGACUCCGCCCUCGGGGUCCCCGGCAAGGAGCAGCCUGAGCCCUUCUUGGGGCCCCAGGGGUCUUGCAAGGAGAUUAUCCUGGCCAAAGACCUUGGCUCCGACUUCCAGUCGCCGGACUUCAGGGACCUGCCAGAAUGGGAACCCAGGAUGCGGGAGGCCUUCCGCAUCAGUGACUUGGAUUCAAAGCCUGAUCCCAGUCGGAGCUUCCGGUCUUACCGAGCUGAAGAUAAUGAUUCCUAUGCCUCUGAGAUCAAGGAGCUGCAGCUGGUGCUGGCCGAGGCCCACGACAGUCUCCGUGGCCUGCAAGAGCAGCUCUCCCAGGAGCGGCAGCUUCGGAAGGAAGAAGCCGACAACUUCAACCAGAAACUGGUCCAGAUGAAGGAGGAUCAGCAGAGGGCGCUGCUGAGGCGAGAGUUUGAGCUGCAGAGCCUGAGCCUGCAACGGAGGCUAGAACAGAAGUUCUGGAGCCAGGAGAAGAACAUGCUGGUGCAGGAGUCCCAGCAAUUCAAGCAUAACUUCCUACUGCUCUUCAUGAAGCUCAGAUGGUUCCUGAAGCGCUGGCGGCAGGGCAAGGGCUUGCCCAGCGAGGGGGAUGACUUCCUGGAGGUAAACAGCAUGAAGGAGCUGUACCUGCUGAUGGAGGAAGAGGAGAUAAAUGCCCAGCAGCCAGAUAACAAGGCAUGCACAGGAGACAGCUGGACCCAGAACACACCCAGUGAGGACAUCAAGACCCUGGCAGACAUGAAGGUAACACUGAAGGAGCUGUGCUGGCUGCUCCGGGACGAGCGCCGUGGGCUGACAGAGCUUCAGCAGCAGUUUGCCAAGGCCAAGGCCACCUGGGAGACAGAGAGGGCCGAGCUCAAGGGCCAUGCUGCUCAGAUGGAGCUGAAGACUGGGAAGGGGGCCGGAGAGCGGGCUGGGCCUGACUGGAAGGCAGCCCUGCAGAGGGAGCGUGAGGAGCAGCAGCAUCUCCUGGCUGAGUCCUACAGCGCAGUCAUGGAGCUGACCCGACAGCUGCAGAUCAGUGAGCGCAACUGGAGCCAAGAGAAGCUGCAGCUGGUGGAGCGGCUGCAGGGUGAGAAGCAGCAAGUGGAACAGCAGGUGAAGGAGCUGCAGAACCGCCUGAGUCAGCUGCAAAAGGCUGCUGAGCCCUGGCUUCUGAAGCAUGCAGACCUGGAGAAGCAGGACAACAGCUGGAAAGAGACACGCAGUGAGAAGAUCCAUGACAAGGAAGCUGCUUCUGAAGCUGAGCUUGGGGGAACUGGCUUAAAGAGGACCAAGUCUGUUUCCUCCAUGUCUGAAUUUGAAAGUUUGCUCGACUGUUCCCCCUACCUUGCUGGUGGAGAUGCCCGGGGCAAAAAGCUACCCAACAGCUCUGCCUUUACCUUUGUGAGUACCGAGCCAGUAGAUGCAGAGAAAGAAGCCAAGGAAAAUCCUGGGCUCUUGCCACGGGACUGCAGCCGCCUGGGAUCCCUGGCCUGCCAGGAUCCUGCGGGGAGGCAGAUGCAACGCAGCUACACGGCUCCAGACAAGACGGGCAUCCGGGUCUACUACAGCCCCCCAGUGGCUCGGCGCCUGGGUGUCCCUGUGGUCCAUGACAAGGAAGGCAAGAUCCUCAUUGAGCCUGGCUUCCUCUUUACCACAGCCAAGCCCAAAGACUCAGCUGAUGCUGAUGGGCUAGCCGAGAGCUCAUAUGGACGAUGGUUGUGCAACUUCUCCCGACAGCGCCUGGAUGGGGGGCCCGGGGGCAGCCCCUCAGCAGCCGGGCCUGCUUUCCCAGCUGCCCUGCAUGACUUUGAAAUGUCAGGCAACAUGAGUGAUGACAUGAAGGAGAUCACUAACUGUGUGCGGCAGGCCAUGCGCUCGGGCUCACUGGAGAGGAAAGUGAAGAGUACAUCCAGCCAGACAGUAGGCCUGGACAGUGUGGGCACGCAGACCAUCCGCACGGUCAGCGUGGGCCUGCAGACUGACCCGCCCCGCAGCAGCCUCCAUAGCAAGAGCUGGUCACCCCGCAGCUCCUCACUCAUGUCUGUGCGCAGCAAGCAGAUCUCCUCUUCUCUGGACAAGGUGCAUCCACGCAUUGAGCGGCCAUGCUGCUCACCUAAGUAUGGCUCACCAAAGCUGCAGAGGAGGUCUGUGUCUAAACUGGACAGCACCAAGGACCGCAGCCUGUGGAACCUGCACCAGGGCAAGCAGAAUGGCUCGGCCUGGGCCCGUUCCACCACCACUCGGGACAGCCCAGUGCUGAGGAACAUUAACGAUGGACUGUCUAGCCUCUUCAGUGUGGUGGAGCACUCGGGGAGCACUGAAUCUGUUUGGAAACUGGGCAUGACUGAGGCCCGGGCCAAGCCCGAGCCUCCCAAGUAUGGCAUUGUGCAAGAGUUCUUCCGGAAUGUGUGCGGCCGUGCACCAAGCCCCACAUCGGUAGCAGGAGAGGAGAGCUCCAAGAAACCUGAACCUCUCUCCCCUGCCAGCUACCAUCAGCCAGAGGGCAUGGCCAGGAUCUUGAACAAGAAGGCAGCCAAAUCUGGCAAUGAGGAUGCCAGAACCACCAACCCAUCCCAGAUGGGCAAGGAUGGUGUCCCCCGUGAUGGAGAUGGAGUCUCAAUCCUUCCUAAUGAGGACACUGUUUGUGACUGUAGUGCCCAGUCUCUCACCUCCUGCUUUGUCCGGCCAUCCCGCUCUGCCAUCCGCCACUCUCCUUCCAAGUGCAGGCUGCACCCAUCCGAGUCUGGCUGGGGUGUGGAGGAGAGGGCAGUCGCCCCCAGCGAGUGACAGAGCAACUGAGCUUCCCACCUCGAGCAGCCUGGUCCCUGGAGAUUCAGGGAGGGGUUGCCCCCUUAGCCUUGCUGUGCCUGGAGGACAGCAGCUACCCCGUUGCCAGAGAACAUUCAAGGUAAAGCAGGGUCUCCAGUGACCACUGGGUGGUGACUCUGCCUUCCCAGUGGAUGCCAGUGAACAGGAAAAAGAACAAGCCUGUGGCCAAGACGGAGCCUCAGAAGCCCGGCCAGAAUACUCCAGCGAGGAUGGCUCCUUGUCUGGCCCCACCCACACCCACUUGUAAGAUCCUAGAAUGGGAGGUACUUCUGGCUUUGCCUCAGGAUAGAGGCACAGAGAUGUUCCCUGCCCACCACUCACCCCUUCUCUGGGAGGGAGAUAUGGCUGAAAAGAGCAGGUCCAGCUUGAGGCUCCUGCUGGGCCAGGCAUUGUCACCUCUCCCACCUGCUGCUUGGGUUGCUGGCAUUUAGGGGGUAUGAUAGGGUAGUACCCAGGGUCAAGUAGACUUGGCAUCCUGGAGCCCUGGAUCUCCCUGGUCUUAUCUAUAUGCAGCAAGAACUGGGAGGAAGUGAAGACUGCCUCUCUGCCAGUGUGACUUUUGGGGUAUCCAGCCUUUCCAGGAGAUCCAUGAGGAGAGAAAUAAGUACAGCCCGUCUCAAGACCUGGUAUCCAGGAAAACACUUCCAUGCUAUACCCUGUUCUCUGGGGCCUCUCUCUGGCACCCAGGUGGGGUACUACAUCUUCGCUGCAUUUGUAUCCUGCAGCUGGUGGAGGGCAGAGAUCCUUCCUCCCAGAGACUCCCACGUAGUCAGCUCAAGCCAGGGAAAUACAUUUCUUGCCUAGAUCAUUUAUUUGAUUUUUUUGUAUUCUUUAAGUAUUUAAGGUGGGUUUUUUAUUUUUAAUAAUUUAAUUUUCCCCAAAGCCCCUAAGGUAAUUUAUUGGAGGUUAAGACAUGUAUUCAUGCCCCCUUGGGACAAUGUGGGGUUCAUCACACCACAGAUAGGCAUGAGGGUCCCCUGUAAUGACGAAGCAGCUCAGGCCAAGCUCUGAACUCUUCAAGAGGGCCCCUCACCAGAGUGGGAACCCUGCAGUUUACUGCCCCAACGCCACAGACCCUUGAGCCUCUGAGCACUGCCUUUUCCUUCAUACCCGGUACCUCUCUGGCCCCUGAGGCCAGUGUGUAAAUGCUCCAGACAGGGUGGUGAGCCAGACUGACGUGACCGCUCCCCAGAGUCUUUCCCUUCUCCCCAAACUUUUUCUUUUUUAAUGAGUCAAACAUGGAGGACUAUGGCUCUUGUCAAGAGUACAAAGACCCCUCCAAGUCCCCCAAGUGACGACUUGCAGGAAAACAGGAUGAACUUUGAGAAUGUUGUUUAUUGCUGCUUUGCACACGGAUCUGAGAGUGUCUACCAGCCUGCCUGCCAGCCUUUCACCAGCCUGUCUCCUUAGCCUUAUGCCUCUCUCGGCUCUGCUCCUGGCCCAGCUCCACUGCCUGCCCUUCCUUCGUCCAUGGGAGCCACCCAUCCCAUCCGAGAGACUGCAGCAUGGCUCACUUCAGUCCAGUGAGGAAGGCCUUGUAACCUUUCCACUGGUGAACCCAUCUCAGUUAUACACACACAUCUCCUCUCCUCUUCCCCCUCCCACCACAUGUGCAGCUCUCCUGUCACUGGCUUAUGUAUAGAACUCCCCAUCAGAAAGGCCAGGAGCCAACAACAUUGCUGGUUUGUUCCCAGGACUCAGAUGGCCCUGCAUUCCCCCUUGUCACCUCUCACCCACCCUUUCAGGGUCAUCUGGAACAGUUACACAAAACCCUUUGUCCCAGUUCCCUACAGGCAGCACAUCAGGGUCAUGUCAGUCCCAUCAGCUGCUUCCUUGUGCCCUAGUGACUUGUGUGGGAAGAGCCACAGGCCAUUGGAGCCUUGGGCCAGUUCCACUGCUCUUACCCAAGAGGUCAGGGGCCCCUCGAAGAUUAACUGCAGGAGAGGGGAUUCAUACCAGGCCACUAGCCACCAGAGGCCUUUUGCCACCUCCUGGAGCUGCAGAGGGCCAGGGGGGCUGUGCUCUCAGCCUUGGGGAGUAAUCCCCAUGAGACCUCAGGGCCUUCGGGCCUCUCAGCCUUACCAUCGUCUUCAUCCGAGAUUGUCAUGCGUCAUUGUCGCUGUCUCGGCACCGGGCCUCAGUGGUCCCCGGUGGGGGUGUUGGAGACCCCAGGUCUUGGUUUUCAGUGGAGUCCCUGUUUCUAUUUCUUGUAUCCACUAUACAAGGCCACUGUCACCAUUCCUACAGAAGCCCCUGGAUGCGGGGCUGGAUGGGGUUAACAAUGUUACAUGUAAAUAUUGAUUCCGUUUAAGUUUUAGGUUUUACUUGGUAACUGGUUGUGUUUUCUUUUUGGGGGUGGGAGGGUUGGUUUGUAAAAACUCUCUAUUCUUUUGGAAUGUAAUUUCUAAGUUCGUUUAUUUCUUCAAAUGCCUUUGAUGUCUUGGUAACAUUCCCAAAGCAGAAAACUGCCUGCCCCAGAAUGUGGAGUCCCCAUCCCACACCUGGAGGCUGAGGUCCCAGGAAGAAUGCUGCCCUUGCUCCCUCUCUUCUCCCCUUCCUUGUUACUCGUAGCUCUUCUCCUCUUUCUUCCUCCUUUUUAACCAAAGUCCCAAGGAACCCUGCAUCCCUAUCCCCUACAGAUUACCUGGUGGUUGAGCUUAAACUGGGUGACUUUACAUUCCUUAUAUUUGAUUCCUCAGAACCAAAUUAGAAUCUCCUGGGGGUGAUGAUAACUAGUUUUGAAUGAAAAUGAGACUACUUGGUUUCAAAGUGGCUCCACUGCCUGAAUGCACAAGGCAUCAGCAUCCAGUUCGCUGCCCUCUGUCAGCCUUUCUUCUAGUCCUUUCUGCAGUGCAGGCUGACCUCUAAGAGGUCCUACUCAAAAUGGGCCACAUCCUUUGGCCUCUCCAGGGUGCUCAUCUACCAGGCAGCCUCCAGGCAACAAAGUUGAGGGCACCAAACACUUGACCCUCUUCCAUGUACCUACUAUUCACAGCUAUAUCCCCCAGCCUUUUUUCCUCGUCUCAGCAACAUUCAGGCUUUUAUUCCUUCUUCUUACCCUCCCAGAAUAUUCCUACCAAGUCUCCCACUGAUUGCUUGUUAAUAAUAAUAAUAGUGCUGUGUACAUCCAUAUCCCUUCCAGAGCACUUCACUGUUUAGAACACACACACACACACAUACACACACACACAAACACACGUACGCGUACACAUGUACACGUACGCACGCACACAGGCACACAGAGAAUCUCUCAAGCCUUAACAGGACAGGGACUGAGGCAUUUACUUUUCAGAUGAGGAAACUGAGGCUCUUAUCUUGUCCCAGUUAUCAAGUUUAGAUGAACACUUGGAUCUUGGAUUCUCCCCACCCUAUUCUAUCCUGCUUGCUGUGAAAUCCCACUGUAUCCUAGAGUAUUGGACUCCCCUCCCCAGAGUGUGCCACUAUCAAGAUAAGCCACUGAAAUUGCUUACCUUUGUAUUCCAGAGGGUGGGCCGGGGAUGCCUGCAUUAGAUUCUGGGUAGGGCUUGGUUAAAUGUAGAUUCCUUGGCCUGAAUAGCCCUCUGGACCUAGGGUGUGAGCGUUUAGGAAGCACUCUGGGGCACCCUAAGCAACACAGCACUACGGACAGCAUCUUGUUCACAGCACUGACGUUUAGGCCAUUGUUCUUUCAACCAAUCAUCACAAUGCUUUGUUUUUAAAGAGAGACCUGAGCACUAUGCUAGGAACUAGGAAAACUCUCCUUGUGUGUGAUUACUCUGGAGAUUUGAAAAAAGCAAAAGCAUAGAGACAAUAGUCUUAGUCUUAUGCUAUUAAUAAGAUAACAAAAGUAGAAAGCCAAAAAGCAAGAUGGCUUGUUUUCCAAAUCUGCCUAAGGUAAUUUGAUAGUCAUGUAAUUAAAUUUCACUCUUGAGUUGCCUAGUAGCACAAUGAAAGGAGUAAUACAUCAGGAUUUUAUCACUUUCAGUCCUGGAAAGCAAGCAUGUCUUCCCUGGGAAAGAGAUCUCCUGCUUCUAACUUAUAACAUAUGUCCUUUCUUCAAAGGCUAGGGAGCCCAGUGAUGUUUUAACAAGUCAACUAUCAUGUAAAGCUGUUUUUCAAGUGACUGUUAACAAAAACAAACUGCUAUCAACUUGAAUGACCUUGGCCAAACCUUGUGGCUCGUCUGUGCCUCAGUUUCCUCAUGUAUAAAUGAGGACAGUAUCCUACCUCAUGUGGCUGUGGUGAGACCCAAACCCAAUCUCAUACCUGCAUAAGAUUAGAGAA